UCCACUGGGUGGCGCUGUCACAUCAGGGACCUGGCACUGCUUAUUGACAGCUGCUUUUUGAAAUUCUCAUGCUUCUGCAACUCGGAAACGUCACUGGACACAUCUAUACUCAUAGCUCUACACUGAAACACACACCACCUCCCCCAGCUCCUGUGGGAUGAUGUGAAGAGAUGAUAGCAGAACCUACAGUCACCUCCAGGUCCUCAGUACAGAAUGAGAACUUGGCUGUGGACGUAAACUCCUCUGGAGCUGUCAAUCACACAGUGGGCGGAGCCCGGAAUGAGAACAGACAGAAGAGUUUGAGAGGGAAGAGGAGGGCACGGGGGGGCUCUGAGAAUGCCAAGCGCCGACACACCAAGGUAACCAAUGGCAGUCUGGGUCAGGCACAGAACAGACACCUCAAACAUGGGGACAUUGAGGCCGUCACAUUGUUCGAGGUGGUCACCAUGGGCAGGAGUGCCAUGCAGGCUGUAGUUGAUGAUUGGAUUGAGGCGUACAUCACAGACAGAGACUCUGGCCUCCUGGACCUCAUUAGCUUCUUCAUCCAGUGUUCUGGUUGCAAAGGUUUGGUGACAGCUGAGAUGUUCCAAAGCAGGCAGGAUGAUGUCAUGAGGAAGAUGGUGGAGGAAUUGGAUGAGGGUUCGGGGCUGCAGUAUAAGAAAUUCCUGGCCUUCCCCUGGAUCCUCACAGUCACAUGGCCCAUGGACAUGGACAGUGGGGAAUAUCCUCUCACCAUGUCUGGUCCGUACUGGCGCCGGUUCCGUGGUGAGUUCUGUGAGUUUGUGUCGGUGUUGGUAACCCAGUGUCAAUACAAUGUGAUCUUUGACAGCUACCUCAUGGACACACUCAUCUCUCUGCUCACCGAGCUGUCCGACUCCCGUGUACGAGCCUUCAGACACACCUGCACAUUGGCAGCAAUGAAGUUGCUAAGCUCUCUGAUUGGAGUAGCCCUUAGUCUGAGUGUGAGUAUAGAGAACAGCCAGAGACUGGGCGAGGUGGAGAGAACCAAGACAUCAGGAAGACGCAACUCACCAAGACUGGAGAGAAUAAACAGGAAGACCACAGAGCUGCAGGAUAGAAGGGUGGAGAUAGAAAACAUGAUGGAUGCCAUAUUCAAAGGAGUCUUCCUGAAGAGAUACCGGGAUGUGCUCCCAGAGAUCCGGUCCAUGUGUAUGGAAGAGCUGGCUGUGUGGAUGAAACUUUACAGUCCAGUGUUUCUGACUGACAGCUACCUCAAAUACAUGGGCUGGAUGAUGCACGACAAGCUACCUGACGUGCGUCUGAAGUGUGUGUUGGGGCUACAGGGUCUGUACGGAGACCCGCUCCUCCUGCCCAAACUAGACCUCUUCAACAGCCGCUUCAAGGACAGGAUGAUCUCUAUGACUCUGGACAAGGACCACGAGGUGGCAGUACAGACCCUGAGACUACUCACACUCAUCUCCCAGUCAGCUGAGGAGGUUAUUAAUCCUGAGGACUAUAAGCAGCUGUUCCAGUUGGUGUUCUCCUCACAUCGCCCUCUGGCUACCGCCGCAGGAGAGCUGCUCUACACACGGCUGCUCAGCUCCCCUACUCAGGCACCUGACCUCAGAGAGGGGGCGAGUGAGCAGGACACACACACACAGCUGACGACAGCCAGAGUGAGGGCUCUGCUGCACUUCUACCAGGACAGUGAGCUCCAUCAGCAUGUAGUAUAUCUGGUGGACAGUCUGUGGGACUGUGCUGGUGCCAUGCUGAAGGACUGGUCAUCUCUUACCUCAUUACUGCUACAGGACCCCUCCACUCAGGAUGCAGAUCUGAGUGCUGGAGAGCAGUCUCUGGUUGUAGAGUUAUUGGUGGCAUCAGUGCGUCAGGCUGUAGAGGGACCCCUGCUGGCGGGAAGGAGCACAUGCAAGAAGGUGGUAGGUGCCAGAGAAAAAAAGUCUCCGGUAGAUGACUGUGGCAGACUCACUGAACACUUCCUCAAGGUACUGCCACAGUUGCUGAUUAAGUAUUCAGGGAGCCCAGAAACUGUGGCAUCUCUUUUGAAGAUACCUCAGUACUUACACCCAGACUCGCCUCAUGCAGAAUUCCCACAGGCGUUGUCGGGCCUGCUGGCUGAGAUGGGAGCUGUUUUGGAGCUCCACACUCACCCUGCGGUGCUGGAGGCGGCUGCUCGCUCAUACCUCAGCCUGUGUGGAGAGGAAACAGCCUGGCACCCCCUGGCACGACCUGGCAGAGACGCAGUGGUCCAAUGCUGGGCAGACAGACUGGCAGCACUGCUGGGUGACGCACUGCAGGAUGGCAACUUCACUGCUGAUGCGGAAAAGACAGGAGAGAUUCUAUCCACACUGAAGAAACUCACUGCUUUCCACAAUGCCCAGGACCUGUCUCGUUGGGGACUGUAUGAGCAGGUCUUUCCUCUUCUCUCAGUGGAGAUCAUUCAUGGUGGAUUACCUACACAGCUGACAGUGGAAGCUCUGCAGUGUGUAUCUUACUCUGUCCUCUGGAACCUCAACACCAGCGGAGAGACCCUGACCUCACGGGAAAAGGCUGUCGCCCAGAGGAGUCAGAUGAGAGCAUUGUGUGAGAAGUGUCUACGUUGUCUGUCCCACAACGAUCAGAGUGUGAAGGAGCAGGCAUUCCUGUCUCUGUGUGAUGUCCUGACGGCCCACAACUACCAGUUGCAAGUGUGGGAUCCCUCGUCUUACGGCCCCCUGCUCUACACUCCCGACCCGAAACUUCAGAGGGCGCUGCUCGCCUUCAUUCUGGAGCACGUCUUCACUGGAGCAGAGUACGACAGCCACAGCAGGGGUAGUGAUGUAGAGUCUGGUGAGGGGAGGUUGGAGGAGCUCCACAGACGUAGGAGCUUAUUGGCAGGCUACUGUAAACUCAUAGUACACGGGGUGCUGGAGAUGAGUAUGGCUGCUGAUCUCUUCAAGUAUUACAUGAAGUAUUAUAAUAACUUUGGUGACAUCAUUAAGGAGACUCUGAGCAGAACGCGGCAGAUGGAUAAGAUAGAGAGUGCUCGCACGCUGGUGCUCUGUCUGCAACAGUUGUUCCUGCGUCUGAAGCAGGAGCAGGACAGUGGAGUCACCUGUAGCUCAGGUGUCCAAACAUUCAGCAGCAUCAAGGAGCUGGCCAGGCGCUUCUCUCUCACCUUCGGCUGGGACCAGACAAAGUCCAGAGAGUCCCUCGCUCUGAUCCAUAGGGACGGUAUAGAGUUUGUUUUUCAGGGCUUUGUCCAGAGAGCAGAGAAGCCCUCUCCUCCGUACCUCUCCUACCUCACCAUCCUCAGCGAGUUCUCCAGCAAGCUCCUCAGACCAGACAAAAAGAUUGUUUACACCUACCUACAGAGGUACGUAAGUGAACAGACCAUCAGUAACAGAGAGGAGUGUUGGCUGCCACUCAUCUACUACCGAGCCUCCUUAUUGGCUACUGGGGCUGAGGGGGAAGAUGCGGUGUCCUUCAUCAGCUCUGAUACGCUAAAACAACCGUCUCUAGCCAAUCGCUCACGCUCUCCCUCUGUCAGACACAGCCCUACUGCUGACGGAGACAUGCGGUCGCCGUCUGCUCUUACCUCUUCUGAGACCAAAGUAAGGAGGCCCCAUAAGUCCAGCAGCAGUACAAGCCCAGAGGACAGGAAGCCAGAGGUUGACCUUGGUCCCAUCGUCAGGGAACCCCCGCCGACCAUAGUGAUAUCAGAGGAGCCGUUCCACGCUAACGAGGAACUGGAUGUGGACACCGUGGAGGUUGACCUGUGAACUGGAAGGUGGAUCAAAUAGGAAAAAAAUAUUUGUCACAUGCUUUGUAAACUAACAGUGAAAUGCUUACUUACGGGGCCCUUCCCAACAAUGCGGAGAGAAAGAAAAUAGUGACGUAAUAAUAUGUACACCAAUGAGUAAUGAUAACUUGGGGUACCGAGUCGAUGUGUAGGUGUACGAGGUAACUAUGUACAUAUAACUAGGAAUAAAGUGACUAGGCAACAUAACAGCAGCAGCAGCGUAUGUGAUGAGUCGAUCUAAAAAUGGAUGGGAGGCAAAGGAGGACUGCAUAUGUCUAAGCAAUAUGACAAACAUCACCUUGCCUAUCAGAAAGGAUGUGGUGGUAGUACCAUAUUGCUUAUAACUCCAAUGCCUAUUGAUAUCUACACAGGUGGCUAGGGGUCGUGUCUGAACAGGGAUGGAAUAGAGGGCUGAACAUCUGAAGGGGGUGAACACCCGUAUACACGUCUUAGUUAUCAAAAGGGACGACAGUCUUGCUUCCUCUCCUUCAUGGCACUGAUUUGAAAGAGGAAGAAAAUAGGAUGGGUGAAAGUAAUAUGGCGUAUGCUUUCCCCCAUCCAGAUGUAGGAAAAAGGAGAUGAGACAUGCAAGCCGCUUUAGUCUAUUGAGACAUGGUUGGAGUAUUUUUCUGUAACCUCAUUUAAACCAACUGUCAAAGUAGAACUGGCUCUUUUGACAAAGUAUUUUUCGUUUUACAGCUUCCAGCCCAUGUAGACAUAAUUUGACAGUCUUCCUUAGAGAAGAUGCUGUACCAAUGGUAGGUUAAGACUAAUUACACUGGGUAUACCUCCAUUGUUGUGGUGCAUUGUGGAUAUAAGCUCUUUAUUUGUAUUGAAACCAAUGUAUCCGCUGGUGCUGUUAUAAUUGGGCUUCGCUCUUGGGAAAGUCCCUCUAAGAUACUAAAUGAUAAAGAUUGUACUCAAGCUUGAAAGAAUGACUCAAUUGUUUAUAUCAACAGCUUUUAGGGAAAGCUAAUGGGCUCGUUUUUUACACUAAAAGCAUAUAUGAGAAUGUCAACGUUUUAAUUUUGAUGAUAAAAUAAGCAUAUUGUGUGUGUGUGUAUGGGGUUGGGGGUCAUAUAGACAAUGAUUAUCAAUGAGUCAGGUUGUUGUACCAGUGUUGUAGACGAUUAAACUGCAGAUGUGCCCUAGCUAGUAGGUGAUUGUGUUAUGGCUCAGAUGAUGUAGGUGAGAUCUUUAUCGGAUUAUUAUUGAAACACACCACUGUUCAUUUGUUGUUCUAAUGGUAGAUUUUUAUACAACAGUGUGGUCAUAGUAACUGAUCAGACCUGUUUGAAAUUGACUUGUGUCAUUGGAAAUAGUACCAUGAAUAAAUAUUA